GUGGGGUGAAAAGUGAUGUCAAAAUCAGAAGAAGAUAUCACUGAUGUCUUAUUGGAGAAUAAGUUGUUAUUUGAACAACUGAAUGAACUCAAAUCAUCAGAAAGACAGUACUUGAACGAGCGCAAUGCAGUGGAAGACUUACUGGCAGAUGAGUUUAAUCACUUAAAGCAAGUUCCUUACCACGAGAUCGUCCAUCAUUUAAUCGACAAGAACUAUAAACGUACUACAGAGUAUGAGAAGGCUAUAGCAAGAGCUAUCGAAAAAGAGGGGGAAGUGAUUACACUCAAGGCAAAAUUGAACAGUGUACAGCAGCACUGUCGAAUAGAGAAUCAAAAGCUUGAGGCGGAAUUGAAGGAAUUCCAAGACAAGGCAAAGCAUGAGAGGGACCGCCAAAAUUUAUCUACAAACGACCAGAUAGCCCACUUGAUCCAGGAACGAGAUUCUUCCCAGGCAAAUGAAUUGGUUUUGGCAGAAAGAGUUGGGGAAUUAAUGGACGAAAUUGUGAAACUGAAUGAUGAAGUCGCCAAAUUCAAACAAGAAAAAAUUGACAUGAGUCUGAACCGAGACACACAGCACGAGGAGUUCCAGCAGUUACAGAGAGAAUUACUCAGAAUAACUGAAGAAGACGAGAUUAUGAUAAACAAUCUCCAAAACGAGCUGUUAAAACGUAACAACCGAUGUGUGGAACUCGAGGAGGAAGUUUCGUAUCUGCAGAAGCGUUCAGAAGUGCAGCGCCAGGAACUACAGUCAGCUGGUGAUAGCUCCGGGUCUCAGCAAGUGGAGUUGUUUCAAUAUAAAGCCAAGAUAAAGGAUCUGCAUGAUCAGAUAGGAAUUCUCAACCGUCAGUUGGGUACUCUCAAGGAGAACAACUCCACUUUAAACGACGAUAACCAAAUCUUAGCUGAAAAGUUCGUGGUUCUCAGUGAGAAGUUCUCAAAGAAGGAGGAGGCACUGAGAGACCUACAGAGAGACUACAAGUACAAGUUGGAGGAGGUGGAGAAGCUAGCUAGAGUGGAAAAAGAGAAACAUGACACUGUCGAGGCCCAGUACAGUGAGAUGAGAAUUACACUGCUUACCUUACAAGCCCAAAUAAACAAGCUGAGAGGUGAGGGUAACAGAGCUCUCCGUGGCAAGGCUGAAUAUCAGACUGAAAACGAACAUCUAAAGGAGGAAAUAGGAAUGCUGAAGGGAGAUAAACAAGAAAUGUUGAGACAAAUGACAAACGAGGACGAGACCUUGCAGACUCUGCUGAAGAAGCAGGACGACCAAAACAAAGUUAGGGAACAACAACUUGCGAGCAAGAUAGACGAACUCAUGGAAAAAAUAAUAUCUAAAGACAAUACUAUUGAUGAGAAGGAAGGGGAGAUUAAGAUACUUGAGCACCACAUAUCUCAACAUCAAAACAUGAUUACUCAAUUAGAAGAACGUUUGGUAAAAGCUCGAGAAACUGCUCUUGAUCGUCAAAAACAAGAAAUUUCUUUGGAGACUAAUAUGAUUAAACAGUUGGAGGAACGUUUGCUAAAAGCCCAAGAAACUCAACUUGAUUGUCAAAAACGAGCCAUUACUUCGGAAAAAGACGCAGAAAUCACCAUGCAGAACAUCGAUGAGAUAAGAAGAGAGUUGAACGAAAAUAUUGUACAACUGGAAUGUUAUGAAGAAGAAAUUACUAAGAGCAAAGAGAGUAUUUGUACGAUAGAGGUGUUUAACGGAACAGAAAUGAAGCACUUAUACACUAACAUAUCUCUCCCCGAUAAUAUCGAGAAACUGAAACAUUUUGUCUUGGAAAGCAACCAAAUAAUCAGUAACAACAAACGUAAGAUAGAAGCUAUUAACACGGAGAUACGAAGUGCCCAUGAAUUGAGUCAACAACUUAAAGAGAAACUAUAUGUCGCUGAGAACGAAACUUCAAGCUUGACUUCACAACUUACAAGCGCCAAGACGCAUCUGGAGUCCAGUCAUAAAGAGAUACGACAAUUAAGAGAGACGAUUCUUAAGGGAGAGAAAGGUAAAAGAGUAAUGGAAAGAAGAAUUCAUUCCAUUGAAGGUGCACUUUCUGAGAUGCAAGGCUUCAUUCAGGCGGCUAAGGUUAAAAACGUGGACAGUUCUAAAGCUAAAGAAAUCUACGAUAAUCUACAUAAUGCAGUUAAGGAGCUUCUCAAUAGCCCGGAUCCUACCAAACAAGCUAUCGAAGUGGAGCUGGUUAUUGACGAGCUGAAUGUUCUGAGAGACGAAAUAAGACAGAUUCAACAGCAGCACAUAACGGUAGUAAGUGAACGAGAUAGCAUCAGUAAAAAACUGCAACACGAACAGAACUGGGUUGAUAAACUUAGACAAAAAGAGGAGAAUCUAACAAGAACACUGGACGAUAAGAACGAACAGCUGUCCUCUGUAAAACACGAGUUGCAACUGAGAGAACGGCUUUUGUCGGACAAAGAGCGAGCUGCCCAGAUCAAGAAGGGAGAACUUGAGGACGAAAUAAAGACGUUGAAGAAAAGACACAAAACAAUGAUGUCCGGGAAGAACUGUGGUCACGAGGGUUUACUUACCGAGGUGGACCAGCUUCGUAACCAUUUACAGGUGGCCCGCAACACGGUUCAGUACAAAGAACAAGAACUUGUAACCUUGGCAAAAGAAAAGGGAACUAUCGAAGAGAAACUAAACAACUCUAACACCGAAAAGCUUCAUAGUGAAAUUUUACAGUUGAAUCUCGAAAACGCAAAAUUACAGGGACAGUUGAGUGGUGCUACUGGGGAGGUUGAGGAGGUUAACCAUGCAGAAGAGAGGAGUAACCUACUCGGGGUUAUCAAUCAGAAUAAAGUUGAUUUUGAAGAGGUGAACAGGAAGCUUUACCAAUCAGAACUGCGUUCAGAAACCUUGGUUACAGCAAUAGACGAGUUAAAACAACAACACGAAAUGGAACGGGAAAGGUACAAGAGAGACCUUAACGAUUUCCACGAGAGGGUUACAACUCAGAAGGAACAGCUGAGUCGGAAUUUGAAGGAGUUGGAGGAGUUGAAAAUCAAAUAUCUGGAAACCAAAAAGCAAAAAGAAUUAGCAGAAGAAGAAGCAAUACGAUUGGGGGAGCGAGUAAAACAAUUCCGUGAUACAAAUCAUUUAGAGUCUAACAAGAUAGAUAGGCUGGAAAAAGAAGUGGAUCGUAAGACAGAAUCUCUGACAGUACUAACGGAAAAAUCUAAAGCAGCGGAGGCUAAGGUCCACGAACAAGAAAUCGAGAUUUCUCAGCUGAACCGAAGUGUUCUAGCUCUGGAACAAGCAAAGACUACAAUACAGUUGAAGUACUCCGAUUUGAUCCAGAAAUAUGAAAGAGAGAAGGAUCACUUCGAGUCGGUAAAACAGAAACUGAGGGCUCGAGCUAAAAAUUAUAAGCUGCAGUACGAAAAGGAAAACUCAGCUCUUAUCAACAAAUCAGCGGUGCUGGAGGAGGAAACGGCUCUACUGAAACUUCAUGUCAACAAGGAGGAAACUUGGAGAAAAACAGCCGAACAAACUUAUGCGGAGAGGAGAAACCGAACUAGGGAGCUUGAAACAAGUUGUGCAACGUUUGAUGAAGAAGUGCGAAUGCAGAAAAGUGAGCUGCAUGCUUUAAACUGCAACCUGUCUGCCAGGCAUGACGAGAUUGCAGCCCUCACAGCAGAACUGCAGCACGCAACGCGAGCUCAACAGCACUAUGAGAGAAUGUACAGAACUCUGGAGUUGAAGAGCCGAGCUGACACGUCUCGAGACCAGAUGGCGCCGGGAAACAUUACCCAUCCUAUAAUGGAAGAUAACGUGUUGACAAGCACUCCUAUCAGGCCUCGCUCACAAUCGGUAGAAGCUCCAGAACUACGUCAUGAAGCACGUGACGUCAUCAGGGGUGAUGCCACAUUAGGAACCACUGAAGGACUGCAUGUGGAGCAGCGAGAUGACCUGUCAGACAAGUCUGGGUUGACGUUGGAGGAGGAGGGGCUCAAUUUAGACGAUCCGUCCAAACCAGGGAUCAACCCAUCAAAAUCAUCAUCAUCACCAAAAUCACCAACGUCAUCAAAAUCAUCAAGGUCAACAUCAGAUUUUGAGGAAAUAUCAAUAACACCCUCAUUACUAGAGAUGUUGUCGCCAAUUAUUAACACUUCGUUCAGAACAUCGUCAACAGAGCAAAUAUUACCACAAAAAACUUCCACAUUGUCGUUGACACGCACAGCAUCUUCCGAACAAAACAUACCAUUAUUACCGAUUCCACCGCCACAAUGUUUUUCAAAGCCGUCUUAUUCAGAGAGAAACAAUGUAAAUUUAUAUCAUAAUCAGAAAAAUGGAGAAAGUUCUGGAUCAACAAUCUCCACAUAUAAUACAUCUACUAACCGUAUUUCAGUGGAGGGAGUUUCCGUGAACUCCCCUGUUUCUACUCCCGAAUUGCCAAAAAAACCUAUUGAAUCACCACAACAAUUGCCAUUACCUCCACAACAAUAUAACCUGCGUCAUGUUCAGUCUCCAAGAAGCAGUUUACCCCGAUACAAAUAUCGCCAAAGAGGACUUGGAUCAGAUACAACCUCAAAUACUCCGUCCAAUUCUUCAAUUCCAUCCAACAGUAACACUCCAAAUGGAUCAAGAGAGGAUAAUGAGAAGGAAUUGUCAAACAUAAACUCAUCGUCAUUCCUUUCCAUGACGAGUGGAUCUAAGAUAGAUGCAGUCGAAGAUAUACUUUCCACAUGGAAAGACAUAAUGGGGAAGUACAGAAUUUCCUCCAAACGUGUGGAAGACUCCGUUCUCCAACAAGGUCUCCAAGAUGACUCCUGUCCGAGUGACUCCUCUCCCUCCUCAUCCUCCUCAUCCUCAUCCUCCUCCUCCUCCUCCACCACCUCACUCUUCACUCAUUACAAGCGAAUGAAUGAGCCAACAGUUUUGAAUGAUAAUGUCACAGAUGCUUCCCAAGUAUCAGAGAGCUCAUCCUCCAGUUCGACUCUCUCUUCAGUGUUACAUUACUUUGACAGCGUCCAAUCUGACAACUCUUAGCAAUAAAACACCUCCUGAUGAAGAACGGGAAAAGCUCCCUGGCGGAAUUGUCGAAGAACCGAUAACAUUACCGCCUGAACCACAGGCAGGUCCACAAAC